UCUGGCUGAGGAAAUCUAUCUAGCCCUGACAAUGUUUCUAGGGCACAUCCAGGGACAAUUCCUCCAGUGACGCCAUCAGCCGAGCGGUGCAGGUCCCAGGGCAAGAUAAAAAGAUCAUGGGCCCAACCAGGCAGCAGGCCCCCCGACAAUGGCAUUCUUGGUGAAGGCGGACCCGCGGCUGGCCGGGCCCUGGCUGGGCCUGCUCAGAGCGAGGGCACUGAGCACCGGAGCAGCACCCACCCCCAAGGCGGUGCUGCCCUUCGAGGCCAUCCCCCGCUACCCGGGCAACCGGUGGCUGAGGCUGCUGCAGGUCUGGAGGGAGCAGAGCCAAGAGAACAGGCACCUGGACAUGCACCAGGCCUUCCAGCAGCUGGGGCCCAUCUUCAGGUACGACGUGGGGAGGACGCAGAUCGUGUCGGUGAUGCUGCCGGAGGACGCGGAGAAGCUGCACCAGGCCGAGAGUCUGCACCCCCAGCGGCUGCUGAUGGAGCCCUGGGUGGCCUACAGGGAGCAGCGCGGGCAGAAGCGUGGCGUGUUCCUGCUAAACGGGCCCGAGUGGCGCUCCGUCCGCAUGCACCUGAACUCCAACGUGCUGUCGCCCAAGGCCGUGCACAGGCUGACGCCCCUGAUCGACGCGGUAGCCCGGGACUUCGCCGCGUUCCUGCAGAGGAAGGUGCUGCAGAGCGCCCGGCACAGCCUCACCCUGGACGUCCACUCCAGCAUCUUCUACUACUCCAUGGAGGCCAGCCACUUCAUGCUCUUUGGGAAGCGGCUGGACCUGUUCGGCGACAGCCCGAGCGCGGAGGUCGUGCAGAUGUUCCAGGUCAUGACGGAUCUCCUGCACCACACGGGGCAGCUCAUGUACCUGCCCAGCCGCCUGGCUCGCUGGGCCAGCCCCCGGGUGUGGAAGGACCACGUCGAGGCCUGGGACACCCUCUCCACGUUCGUGCGCCAGUCAGUGCAGAAAGCCUACCAGGAGUUCUCGCGGGGAAGCACGGCGCAGCCGGACAGCAUCGUGCCCCAGCUGCUGCUGCAAGGGGACCUGCUGCUCGACGCCAUCGAGGCCAACUCCCUGGAGCUCACCCUGGGCAGCGUGGACACGAUGGUCCUUCCCUUGAUGAUGACGCUCUUUGAGCUGGCUCGGAACCCAGACGUGCAGCAGGCCGUCCGGCAGGAGAGCCUGGCCGCCGAGGCCAGCGUCGCCGACCGUCCCCAGAGGGCCCUCACGGAGCUGCCCCUGCUGCGGGCCACCCUCAAGGAGACGCUGAGGCUCUACCCCAUCAGCGGAAUUCUGGAGAAAGUCCCGGACUCAGACGUGGUACUUCAGAACUACCACAUCCCAGCUGGGACCACAGUCCACUUUCUUCAGUACUCCAUGGGCCGGAGCCCGGCCGUCUUCGAGAGGCCCGAGCGCUUCAACCCCCAGCGCUGGCUGGGCGAGCGGCUGCCCUUCCGCCACCUGGCCUUCGGCUUCGGCUUGCGCCAGUGCCUGGGGCGGCGACUGGCGGAGAUGGAAAUGCUACUGCUGCUCCACCACGUGCUGAAGUCCUUGCAGGUGGAGACUCUCCAGCAACAGGACCUAACCAUGACCUACUGCUUCCUUUUGAAGCCGACCUCCUUCCCACACCUCAUCUUCCGGCCGACCGCGCGCCCUCCUGCUCACUGA